AAACGUAGUCACGUCUGUCACAAAGUCCAAAUACUUCAUACUCAAUUGCUUGACAUUUCACGGCUUCUUCAACCAAAAGUUUGCUCUAUUAUUCCAUAGAGUUUGUCAUUUCAUUGUCAUAAUAUCUCCAUCUCAUUAUGUCUCGAGACAUCAUUUUUGAGGACUGUCUAACAUGUGGAUGUUCAGUAGAAUUGUCCCUAUUGGAAAACCAUGUGUCCAAUUGCAUAAUUCUAAAUGAGCGGUCUGUUUCUGAAGUCCAAAGGAGAAAGAAAUUAGACGUGGACGUAGACAAAGUGAAACAAUAUCUAGAUGAGAGAAUUCCUACUAAGGAAAUUUGUCGUUUGCUUGGAAUCUCAAGAAGGACUCUAUUUCGAGUCUUAAAAGAAAUCAACAUUACAGCUAGACAAAAAUACACUAAAAUUGGAACGAAGAACUUGGAAUCAUAUCUUACCAACACAAUCUUCAAAAUAAACCCCAAAUUUGGCUAUCAAAUGUUCAAGGGAGCUACGAUCGCAAACAAUGUCCUUUUAUCAAAUAAACGACUUAAAAAGUCCUACCGUUUAAUAAGACAACGACAAAAUGCCCCUUUAGUGCAACGCAUUCAUCGGAGAGUGUACAAGGUUCGUGCUCCGCUUUCGCUAUGGCACAUUGAUGGACACCACAAAUUAGACCGAUACUCAUUCAUCAUCCACGGAGCCAUCGACGGAUUUUCCCGUUUGAUCGUAUACAUAUCAUUGGAAAAUAAUAACUGUUCCGAAACAGUUAUUGGAUUAUUUGAAAAGGGAGAUGAGGAAUGGGGCUAUCCAGCUAGUGUCAGUUUUAUUUGGGAGGGAAAACGUACUAGUAGCGGAUUUCAUGAUAAACGCUAGAGGAGUGGAUAAAAACGCGUUUAGAACUGGAAAGUCUGUACACAAUCAGAGAGUAGAGAGGCUCUGGAAAGACGUUAUAGAGCGCUGUACUAUAACUUUCAUGGAUAUUUUGGGAGAAAUGAAAACCGAAGGUGUACUAGACGUCGAUUCCAACCUAGAUCUUUUCUGUCUGCAUAUAGUGGCCACGAACCUCAAUCAACGGUCCUUACAGACCUUUAAAGACUCAUGUAACUGCCAUCCACUUCGAACAGAAAAUCAUCGCUCACCAAUGCAACUUUAUCACGAUGGUUUGCAGCAUUUAAAAACCCAGCAAGAUAACGGAGCCAUAUAGAAGGCGAAGUUACUGAGCUGAUACAGGGACAGAAAUUAAAACCGAUUUCGAAGUGGUCUGGUUACAAGGAUACCUUCUAUCGUUGUGUAAUUGAUCAAUUUGGAGUGAACAUUUCCGAAGAGGAACUACUCUGCAUUAUUGAUCUUAUUAAUCCAGCCACCAUUGAAAUUUGGAAUGUAAAAAAGAAAUUCAUUCAGCUUAAACAAUUUGUUCUCCAAAAUUUUGAUGAUUAUAAAAGUAAGUCAACCGAAGACUGAAAUAAAUGUUGUAAUGUACGGCUUGCCGUCACAGAUUGCA